UCCGGUUAUAGAUGAAAGUGAAAGUAGCUGCGAUGUUUAGUAGAGAGAGGAGUUUAAUGUUGUUAAAGGUGGUUAAAGGUGUUUAAAUAUUUAAUAUGUGAACUGUAUGAAUCUACACUUUAUAUAAAAAGGGAGUUUUGUUGUACUGCAGUGUUUUUGUGAGCAGCUUUAAAGCUUCAGUCUGUAAGAACAUGAGCUCCGACAUGAAUCUCCCCGAAGAAGCGAAGAAAAACAAAAAUCUGAUUCAGGGUGAGAGAUCAGAAUCACCUGAACCCAGCUGUGUGUCCAUGAAGAGUGAUUGGUCAAUAUUAGAGCCACCAAUGUUCAGUAACAGAGAGCGUUCUACUGAUCUGAGUCUGAUUCAGAGUGAGAGAUCAGAAUCACCUGAUCCCAGCAGUGUGUCCAUGAAGAGUGAUUGGUCAAUAAUAGAGCCACCAAUGUUCAGUAACAGAGAGCGUUCUACUGAUCUGAGUCUGAUUCAGAGUGAGAGAUCAGAAUCACCUGAUCCCAGCAGUGUGUCCAUGAAGAGUGAUUGGUCAAUAAUAGAGCCACCAAUGUUCAGUAACAGAGAGCGUUCUACUGAUCUGAGUCUGAUUCAGAGUGAGAGAUCAGAAUCACCUGAUCCCAGCAGUGUGUCCAUGAAGAGUGAUCAGUCAAUAAUAGAGCCACCAAUGUUCAGUAACAGAGAGCGUUCUACUGAUCUGAGAAACCAAGAGAAAAUAAAGAAAUCUGAAGUAAGCAGCAGAAAUAAGUUGGAUUCCAUUUUUAAGGAGCUGGAGCAGAAAGUCUUUACUCUGUUAAAAAAUGAGCUGAAUAACUAUAAGAAGAUACUGAGUCCAGAGGUGAAGGAUGAGGAGGAUCAAUAUUGUUUCAGAGAGGAGGUACUGAAGAUCACACUACAUGUCCUGAAGAAGAUGAACCAGACAGAUUUAGCCAACACACUGCAGACCAAGCUGGUCUCUGUUUAUCAGAAGAACCUCAAAACCAAACUGAUAGAGAAAUAUAAAAGAAUUAAUGAAGGAAUCUCACAGCAUGGAUCAUCAGUUCUCCUGGAUCAGAUCUACACUGAGCUCUACAUCACAGAGGGUUCGAGUGGAGACGUCAAUACUGAACAUGAGGUGAGACAGAUUGAAACGACAUCCAGGAGACCAACAACACAGGAGAAACCCAUCAAAUGUAAUGACCUCUUUAAAGACACGUCCAUCAGAACUGUGCUGACUAAAGGAGUUGCUGGAAUUGGAAAAACAGUCUCUGUGCAGAAGUUCAUUCUGGACUGGGCUGAAGGAAAAGCCAAUCAGGAUGUUCUCUUCAUGUUCCCACUUCCCUUUAGAGAGCUGAAUCUGAUGAAGGAGAAACAUCUCAGUCUGAUGGAGCUUCUUCAGUAUUUUUUUCCAGAAUUUAAAAGAAUAAAAUCAAUAAACUGCAGCACCUACAAGAUCAUUUUCAUCUUUGAUGGUCUGGAUGAGUGUCGACUUCCUCUAAACUUCCAGAACAAUGAGACUGUGUGGGAUGUAACAGAAUCAGCCUCAGUGGAUGUGCUGCUGACAAACCUCAUCAAGGGGAACCUGCUUCCCUCUGCUCUCCUCUGGAUCACCUCUCGACCAGCUGCAGCCAAUCAGAUCCCUCCUGAGUGUGUAGGCCAGGUAACAGAGGUACGAGGGUUCAGUGAUCCUCAGAAAGAGGAGUACUUCAGGAAGAGGAUCAGUGAUGAGGACCUGGCCAGUAGAAUCAUCAAACACAUGAAGUCAUCAAGAAGCCUCUACAUCAUGUGUCACAUUCCAGUCUUCUGCUGGAUUUCAGCCUCUGUUCUAGAGGGAAUGCUGGGUGAAGCAGAGGGUGGAGAGAUCCCCAAAACUCUGACUCAAAUGUUCACCCACUUCCUGAUCUUUCAGAUCAAACACAAGGAACAGAAGUAUCAUGGGAAAUGUGACCCUGACCCUCAUCAGACCAGAGAGACGAUACUGGCACUGGGAAAACUGGCUUUCCAACAGCUGGAGCAAGGAAACCUGAUCUUCUAUGAAGAAGACCUGAGAGAGUGUGGUAUUGAUGUCAGAGAAGUGUCAGUGUACUCAGGAGUGUGCACCCAGAUCUUCAGAGAGGAGUUUGGGUUACACCUGGGGAAGGUCUUCAGCUUUGUUCAUCUGAGCGUCCAGGAGUUUCUGGCUGCUUUAUUUGCAUUUAUCUGCUUCAUCAGCAAAAAUCCAACAGAACAACAAACCACUGAUCUGUCUGAUCUGUUCACCAAGUCCAGCAUGUCUGAUUUCCUCAAGAAUGCAGUGGACAAGGCCUUACAGAGUGAGAAUGGACACCUUGACCUUUUCCUUCGCUUCCUUCUGGGUCUCUCACUGGAGUCCAAUCAGACUCUCUUACGAGACCUACUGACACAGACAGGAAGUAGAUCUCAUAGUAAACAGGAAGCUGUGGAAUACAUCAAGGAGAAGAUCAGGGAGAAUCCCUCACCAGAGAAAUCCAUCAAUCUGUUCCACUGUCUGAAUGAACUGAACGAUCAUUCUCUAGUGCAGGAGGUCCAGACUUACCUGAACAGAAUAAAACCUGGUUAUGUAUUUAAUGAUCCUGGUUGUCUCAGUGGAAUCAGUCUCUCUCCUGCUCAGUGGUCAGCUCUGGUGUUUGUGUUACUGAACUCAGUAGAAGAUCUGAAGGAGUUUGAUUUGAGUAAAUAUAACAGAUCAGAGGAAGGUCUUCUGAAGCUGCUGCCAGUGGUGAAAGAAUCCAGAAGAGCUGAGUUGAAACAUUGUUCUCUAACAGGUGAAAGUUGUGCAGCUCUGUCCUCAGUUCUCAGUUCAAACUCCAACAAUCUGAGAGAUCUGAACCUGAGUAACAAUAAGCUGCAGGAUUCAGGAGUGAAGCUGCUCUCUGCUGCACUGAAGAAUCCACACUGUACACUGGAGAUACUGGGGUUGGAUAAUUGUUCUCUAACAGGUGAAAGUUGUGCAGCUCUGUCCUCAGUUCUCAGUUCAAACUCCAACAAUCUGAGAGAUCUGAACCUGAGUUACAAUAAGCUGCAGGAUUCAGGAGUGAAGCUGCUCUCUGCUGCACUGAAGAAUCCACACUGUACACUGGAGAUACUGAGGUUGGAUCGUUGUUCUCUAACAGGUGAAAGUUGUGCAGCUCUGUCCUCAGUUCUCAGUUCAAACUCCAACAAUCUGAGAGAUCUGAACCUGAGUCACAAUAAGCUGCAGGAUUCAGGAGUGAAGCUGCUCUCUGCUGCACUGAAGAAUCCACACUGUACACUGGAGAUACUGAGGUUGGAUCGUUGUUCUCUAACAGGUGAAAGUUGUGCAGCUCUGUCCUCAGUUCUCAGUUCAAACUCCAACAAUCUGAGAGAUCUGAACCUGAGUCACAAUAAGCUGCAGGAUUCAGGAGUGAAGCUGCUCUCUGCUGCACUGAAGAAUCCACACUGUACACUGGAGAUACUGAGGUUGGAUGAUUGUUCUCUAACAGGUGAAAGUUGUGCAGCUCUGUCCUCAGUUCUCAGUUCAAACUCCAACAAUCUGAGAGAUCUGAACCUGAGUUACAAUAAGCUGCAGGAUUCAGGAGUGAAGCUGCUCUCUGCUGCACUGAAUAAUCCACACUGUACACUGGAGAUACGUUGGAUGGUUGUUCUCUAA